AUGGCGUCGGCCCACGUGAAGAAGAGCCCGGCGGAGCGGCCGGUGCCGCGCAUGCAGCCGGCCAUGAUGAUGUUCUCCAGUAAGUACUGGUCCCGGAGGGGCAUGUCCCUGGACUCGGCCAUGUUCCAGCAGCAGAGACACACCGGGGGACAGAUGUCAAGGCGUCCAUCCUUCUGUCCCAUAAACGAGUCCGCGGACACAGAAGGCGCAGAGGAUUCUGGGAAAACAGCUGUUGUGUUUUCUCUGAAGAACGAAGUUGGCGGUCUGGUCAAAGCUCUGAGGAUCUUCCAGGAGCAGCGGGUGAACCUGUCCCACAUCGAGUCCCGUCCGUCCCGGCGUGUCCCCAGCGAGGUGGACAUCUUGGCCGUGUGCAGCUGCAGCCAGAGGGAGUUCAGCGAGCUGGUGGGGGCGCUCCGGGACGCCGUGUCCAUCGUCUCCAUCAACACGCCCCCCCACGCCUGGGCCGCCGCCGACGCAGGUGAUGUCAUCGCUUAA